GAGACGAGAUCGAGGCUGCUCUCAGUGAGGUCAGUGAAGAUGAUCUGCUGCUGCUGGCUGGAGAUUCUACAGAGACCCUGGACCCGCUGUCUUGUCCCCUGCUCCCCUCCGGGGUUGUAGCAGGUGUUGGCGUCAGCGGGGUCCGGUCGCCGCCACUGUCCGUCCAAGCCGCUGGUGGGGCGAAUUCUGCUGCUGCGGAGUCGUCGGACGGGGUCCCCCCGGUCCUUUCCUUGGAAGAUGUGUCUGUCGCCCGUGAUGUCCGGAGUCGCCCUUCUUCUGGAGUUACGGCCGCUGGUUCCGAGCCGGUGAGGUCGGUGGGACCGAUUUCGGGAGUUGGCACCGGAGGCCGAGGAGCGGGGGAUCCCUUGUCCGGAGUGGCUGUGGAGGCUGGUUUAGCUGUGGCGAUGGGCCUUGUGGGACGGUCUGUGACCAGGUCAACGUGGGAGUCUUAUAGUCGGUGGUGGGCAGAUUGGGAGUUAUUGCUUCGGCAGCUUUCCAUUACGGGCGCCCCUUCGGAAUGGGAGGCGGCUCUUUUAUUUUAUGUGGGCAGGGCUUUUUGUGAGCGGGUGUCCCCGUCGGGUCUGGGUCGCCGGAUGGCGGCUUUGGCCUUUUGGUUCAAGGUCCGGGGAGUGCCGGAUGGGACGAAGUCUUUUUUGGUGCGGCAGGCGGUGCGGGGGUUUCGUAAGGGGGCUAGUUCUAGGGAUUGGCGCAAACCGGUGACAUUUUCGUUGUUGUUGCGCUUGGGUUCUUUAUUGGCUGGGGUGUGUUUUUCGGUAUAUGAGCUAUGUUUGUUCCGUUUGGCUUUUGCGUUGGCGUUUUUUGGGGCUUUUCGUAUAUCGGAGUUGGUGUCGCCUAGUCGUUGUCGGGCCGGGGGGCUUCUUUUUUCGGAUGUGGUUCUGGUGGAGGGGGUUUUGCAGUGCCGUGUUCGGCGGUCAAAGACGGAUCAGUUGGGUCGGGGGGCGGUGGUGCGUUUGGCGCGCCUGGGGAGUUCGGAGAUGUGCCCGGUGGCUUGUUACUCCGCGUUUUUGGCUUUGCGGGUGGGGAUUGUGGGUCCGUUGCUGGUCCAUGCUGACGGGGGUUUUCUGUCUCGUUUUCAGUUUGUGGGGGUUUUCCGUAAGUGUUUGCGCGCGGGGGGAUUCGUGGCAGAGGACUACAGUUCUCAUUCCUUCCGGAUAGGUGCGGCGACCGAGGCGUCUCGGUGGGGCCUGGGACCGGAAAUGGUUAAGCAGAUUGGGAGGUGGGAAUCGGAGAGGUAUAGGCUGUACGUUCGUCCUCAUUUGUUGUGAUGUGCGUGUGUUUGCG